UUUUUGGGACAAGUGACUCCUGCAGAGCUGCUUACUCCCUGCAUGGAUUACCCAGAGUUAGGUUCACUCUGUUGGAGGGGGCUGCAAACACCUUGCAAUUACUGUAAAUGAAAGUCAAAUCAUUGUGGGAGCAACUUUGUUGUAGAGUUGAAGGCGUUAAAUGGGACAAAUCUUACAGGAGAGCUAAUUCCUUUUAUUAGGUGGGGAAAACAAAUUAGCUGGGUACACAAGCCCUUUCUGACACUAUUGUUGCUGUUAUUAUCCCUUACUGGCGCUGUUAGAAAUGAGGGCAUUGCAUUAGAGGGAAGGCACAUUAUGCAAGUGUUUAGACGUGCUGGUAACUGCUCUCUGCUGACAGGUAUUUACUUAAUGACAUGUUGGAGUGAAAGCCAGCAGCAAGGACAAGCUUUGGAGGGAGCUGGGAGUGCUGAGCUCUGCCUGGACCUCCUGGAUCUGCCUGACACCUCCCACCCACAGCAAAACCCCUCUUCUGUCCGUCCUGACGAUUGCACAUUCCCAGACUGCAUCCUCAGUGCUCUCCUGGAGCCAGGCCUGGCUCCCAUGGUUGUGUGCAGCUUCCAGAGCUGCCCUGACUUGCUUGCAGCAGGUCUUUGUGCUGGUGCCUGUGCUGGAGGCAAUGCCUGCUGUGGGGAGCAGUGGGACUGGUCACGUUUCCGGUGUCAUGUGCUGUCCGUGACGGAUGGCAGAGCCAGUUUUUCUGCUCCAAAAGUGGGACUGGGGAGGAGACCGCAACCCUCAAAUACCCGGAGCCCUGGCUGCUGCUAGCCAGGCAUCCAGGAGAUCACUGCUUUUUCAGCUCCAGGUCCUCUGUGUUCCCCAGGUGUGACCGUCUCGUGCCCCUUGGUGAAAUGUCGACAAUCCUGAAAUGGUUUGGACGGGAGGAUAAGGAGAAAGAGGAGGACAGGAAAGAGAAGGAAGAGAAGGAGAAGGAAAAGACUGAGGGAGAAAAGGAGAAGGAGAAGCAGAAGAGGAGGAAGAAGGAAGAAGAAAAGCAGGGAGAUGGGGAGGAGGACAGGAGCAGCAGCAGCUCUGACAGUGACUCAGAGGAGGACCAAGGCAUUGCCAAGGAUGAUGAGAAGGAGGACAAGGAUUAGUCUUGCAGUGCUGGAGCAGCAGUGCACGCCCUGGCCAUGCUGAGGAGGUGGAGAUGGAAAUGGCAAAUUGAGCUGGAGAGCGACUGGGCCACUGUUAGCCAAAUAAAGGUGUUGUGAUCUCCAAAGAUAAAUGCUAUUUAUUCACCAGUCACGCUGCCUACCCAGCGCUAUCUGUCCCUCUGGAAAAGGAAACACUCAAGGAAAGGCAAUAACAGGUGGGGAGUGGGACUUGGGCGAGCAGGUCUUGUACAAGACCGUGAC